AUGGUAGAUCAUUUAGACUCGAUCCGUCUGCCCAGACUGUCGAAAGUGGAAGGCUUAUUCCAGCUGGAAAGGAUCGAAAGAUGGUCUUUGGCAUCCUCCUGGAGGAAGAGGGCUUUAUGGAGGAGCCAAUUCUUUCUCCUUGGAAGCGAUAAAUCCCCAGUCACCUAUUCAGUCGCGAGAGUUCGAGAAGGGCGCUCUUAUGCUACAAGAACGGUCCACGCAACCCAGGAAGGAAAAUGCAUCCAUCUUGCUGUGGUAUCGUUCGCCCGAACGCCUCCCAAAAAGCCUCAGCACAUUCACCAUGCCUCAGGAAUGGCAGCGGUCGGGAAACCACCGGCAGAAGAACGACAUAUGCGUCAAAAGCAGGGCAUCGACGCCAUUGCUCCAGAUAUGUCAGCCGUCAGCUUUGGAGAUGAUAGCACUCCACCACAGGAUAGAGUAUUGCGGUGUUGGAUCCGUGCACGAGAAGAUAUCCUUCAUGCUGAUGACAUUACGGUACAUCAAGCCGUCCUGGUUUUCCUAUCUGAUUGGCUUGCAAUAGCAACAGCCCCAUAUGCCCACGGUUACUUCCGAUUUCCGGAAUCGAUCGCGGAAAGCGUUAAAUCAUCGAUUUUAGUAGGGACAGAAAUUGGGAUGUUAUCCACUCUCAAUCAUUCUAUCUGCUUUCACUCAUCAUCAAGCAUACGAGCCGACGAAUGGAUGUUAGUCGAGGUCAACUGCCCCUGGGCAGGUGAUGAAAGAUGUUUGGCUAUUGCAAAGGUAUUUACAAAAGAGGGCGCCUUGCUUGCGAGCUAUACUCAAGAAGGAAUUUUGAGAUUAAGGCAAAAUGAGAAUAGAUUAUAA